UCUAUGACCCUAACCAAAAAGUAUAUUUACAAACAAGAUGUUAUCUACUUAUUUCUUUUAGUUAUUAAAAACGAUUAAAUCAUGUUUACAUCUCAGUUCUUACACUCAGUGUUCUAAUGUGUGUCAUAAAUUAAAAUCAUUAACAUUGUGCUUUAAAGCCAUGGCGGAAAUAGCUGCUCAUUUAACAGCAACGAGUGAGGCAAGGCCUUCGCUUUUUGAAAUAAUUGCUCAGAAGUCCUUAGAUGCAACUUUAUACCCUGCUUUUAAUAAAGUAGCAGAGUUUUUAGCUGCAUGCUUUCCAAAUAAAUGUAAAGACAUUCCAAGAUAUUCAGAUGAAAUAUUUCUAAUAUUAAAAGGACUCCUAGAAUAUAAUUAUUUAAGGAAGAGAGAUGCAUCCUUUUCUGAGUAUUUUUAUGGCCUUAAAAGAGUCUCAGUCUCUGAUAACAAUGUCCACAAGUUAAAGACACUCCAGAGAUGCUAUUCAUUAAUUGUUUUAGUUGGUGUUCCAUAUUUAAAAAGAAAAUUAGAAAAUAAAAUUGAACAAUACACUUUAGAAACACUUGAUGGCACUUGUCAUAGUGAAUUUGAAAGAAAAUGUAAAAAGUCUGUAAUUUUUCUUCAUUCUUCAGGUGAAAUGUUUUGGAACUUGUGGACAUUUGUACAGUAUUUAAAGUACAUAGGUAACAGAACUGACGUCCAGUUGCCAGAAUUGCUACUUAUUAAACUCAAACUUGUUUAUGCAGAAGAGACCUUAGAUUUUAUUGACUUUUGGUCACAAUUAUUCAAAGGAGAACUUAGUGCAUCGGAAAUUGUUUCUGGAAUAUUACACAAUGGAUUGGCCACUGCUUUAGAAAUAUCAGCUUUUUUUCUACAGUUUUUAAAAGUGUGGAAUGAUGAAAAAAUGAAUUACAACUUGACUAGUCUUCCCAAAGUUGCACCUCCAGAGUAUGAUCAAAAAUCGAACACAUACAAAGGGAUAUGUCCUAUUUGCUUACAGAAACAAAAAAUUCCAACUGUCCUCCCAGUGUCAGGGUAUGUUUUCUGUUUUCCCUGCAUUCUAAAUCAUUUAAAGCAAUCGCCAAAGUGCCCUGUUACAAAUUUGCCUGCAAAUUCCACUGAUUUAGUUCGAAUUUAUGAUUCACAAUGAAGAUAUUAUUUUAUAAAUGCUAAGUACAAAAGUUGUAUAUCUUUAACUGUAUGAGGUGAAAAGGUUUUAAUGAAGUCUAAAUCCGAAAAA